UCCCGGAGUGGCGAACGAGAAUUCGGAAGUGGUGAUAAUAUAGAUCGUGGUGUCACGAGGGUGCAGUGCUCGUCCAUCGCGUGCAAUUAAAAUUAUCGCCGUAACUUUGAUUGGUGACAGAAGCGGAUGUCGGCUCUUGGUGAACGUCUCGCCGGAGAGAGUGGAUGAUGAAAGGAGUAGUGGUCAAUGUAGUGUUAGAUAUUGUAGGGAACUUUUGAUUACGUCUACAAACAUUCUACGUUCUAUUUGAUCUACGAACGCUUCGAUGACACUCGCAGAGAGGACGUAAAAGCGUGAAGAAGAAUCGUGACAAAUCGUGAAUACUCGACUCCAGCAAAGUGAGAAACAACAGCAAAAAUUCAACAGAUAAAAACGGAGCAAGAGAAGUAGAUGAAUGAGUUCAUCUACUUCAAGUGGAAGAUAUUUAUGAGGAUGAUAGUGAUAGUAGGUCAGCCUACUUAAGCGACGUAUUUUAUAGCUCUUCUAGUUUUUUUUUUACAUAAUAUAGUGACAUUGAACCGACAAUUUGCCUAAUUUAUCAAGUCUCCAUGUGUCAUAGCGCGGCGUGUCAUUCACGUGAAUCCCGCGCUACAUUUCAGAGUCUUGCCGUGAAUUCGCGACCGUCCACGUAAUUCCCGUCGGUCCAUCUCGAAUACCUCCAGCGCGUAAAAAUGUCGCGUAUAUCUUGUAUACGUUUAUCUUGUCAAUGAUACGACAGAAUCGGAGCGCCGACGGUAUAACGAACACGCUGUAAAAACUGUAAUCUCUAAAAAAGAGAGAAUUAUACGAGUAUAAUCUCCUUACAAACCUAUGGAAGAAUCCAUAAACCUCAUUAUUGACUAUAUUAACAUCCGCGUAUUGUAUUGUCUGAUAGAAACCGAUGCGUCAAAAUUUUCAUGAUAAGUACUCUUUUCGAAGGAAACAAGCCGCUUGAUGUUUUUCGAUUGAUAAUCGCCUUUAAAAAACUAUCACGCAAAUUCGUGGUUGGCGACAUUCUCUGAUCUACGAGACAGGGAGGACGCUUGAAUGUGUCCUUAGAAGGAGCCAACGAGCAAACCGUGAUCGCGCUGAUUCACGGCCUCUCGUGGGCCAGGUUGAUCGUGUCACCAAGUUGUAAGGAACAGUCAACACGACGUUAACCUUCUAUAGUAUGGAGCGGGGCGGCGGGGCCGGGGGGAGCCUCGAACUCGCCGGAGGCGGCGGCGGUGGCGGCGGAGGCGGCGGCGGUGGCGGAGGCAAUACGGAUUUGUGUCUGCAGGAUCUCGUAAUCGGACCUCCGAGCAGCCUCUCGGUGCAGCAUCAUCAGCACGCGGCAACCGCCUCGAUGGCCGGCCUGCACGGCGACCAUCUUCAGGGCGCGAUGCACCACCAUGAUCUCCACGGUAAUUCGCAUCACGAUACCUCGAUGCUGCACAAUUCCAGCCACCAGCUGCACCAUGAGCCGCUGGAGAAACUUAAACUCUGGGCGCAGAGUGACUUCGGGGAUGAAACCAAUGGGGGCCUCGCGAGGCUCGACGCGGGUCAUGGCGCUCACACCCCCGGUGGUAGCAAUCCUAGUACACCGGGAGCGACCCCCACGACACCCUCCGGUGGAUAUUCCACCGGACAGCCGAGGAACCGUACGAACGCAACUCACAGGCCGGAUAUUCGAAAAGGUGUACGAACACCACCAGAAGUGAAACACGAAUUGGGUGCUGCUGGUGGCGUUGUUUCUCCUGGGGUAGUUGGAGUCAACGAUACCGACGAUAAGGAUGGGAAAAAGAACAAAAGGCAAAGGCGACAAAGGACACAUUUUACGCAACAUCAGCUUCAGAAUCUGGAGAUGACAUUUCUGAGAAACCGGUAUCCAGAUAUGUCAACCAGAGAAGAGAUAGCUUGCUGUACGAAUCUUACGGAAGCUCGUGUCAGGGUCUGGUUCAAGAACAGGCGGGCGAAAUGGCGGAAGAAGGAGCGCAACGCGAUGAACGCCGCCGCGCAGGCCGCAGCGGAUUUCAAGUCGGGCUUCAGUACAGCCAGUCUGAACGGCUUCAUCACCCAACCGUUUCCAGAUCCCGACACUCUCUACAGUUCGUAUAGCACGUACAACAACUGGGCGGCCAAAGUACCAUCGCCGUUGAGCGGCAAGAGCUUUCCCUGGAUGAACACUCUGGGCUCAGUUGUGCCUGCGGCAUCGCAUCAUCAUCAUCACGCUCAGGUCAGCCCAGUGAAUCCCUUUAACGCCGCAGCGACGUCGGUCGCAGGCAGCCACGUGGGCGGCAUGUCAGUUUCGGUCGGUCAAGCGGCCACGUCCAUGUUACCGGGCAUGGGUUCUGGUCUCGGUGUCGCGCGCUCGCCGGUCGCCGCGUCCGCGGGGGCUACGUCUAGCCCCCAUCAUCACAGCGUAACGAAUCCGAAUUCUGGAAGUUCCCUCAGCGGCGGCAGUAAUCAAGUGGUGCCUCCGUCCGCCACUGCGGCGGCCGCCGCUACAGGUCAGCCGAGCGACAAUCAGCUCAGGUCGCAAGAGUGA